AUGAUAAAUUCUGAGAAUUCAAACACAAAUUUACACGAAGACUUAACUUUUGAACAAAAUAACCUUGUUCCUUCUUUUGCCGAAUUAAACUUAGAAGAAUUUGAUGAAACGGAUGAUCUUAUUUGUCAGCGUGUUCAAGAAUUAUGGGAAUUCUGGCAAAAAAACGAAUGUACCUGUAGGAAAAGUAAAAAGAAAACUAAGUCAUGUUUUGAAAAAAUAGGAUUUAGUCAGUUCUUUAAACGACAAGAAGAAUGUCAUAAUAUGACUCAUAAUAAUUUAGAUAUAUGGAUUAAAGGACAACUUGCAUCAUUUGCAUUUAAUGAUGAAUCAUCUAAACAAAAAAAUUCCCAAGAAUUAAAUAAUUCUACAGCAAAUAAUCGUGUAAAAUAUCGAUACCAUUAUAAUGCUCAACAUAUUGUCUGCUUACCUACCUAUUUAGCAUUAAUUGGAAUUUCCUCUUCAAGGCUUGAUCGAAUCAAAGCACAUAUCAAAAGUAAUGGAAUGGCAGAAAUAUUUCAUGGCAACACAGGACGUGCAUCUACUAGACCUAAUCGUGCUAUUAUUGAUGAUCAAGCAAAACAAGAAUUAAAUAAUUUUCUUCGAAAUUAUGCUAAUAUUCAUGGAUAUCCAUCACCAGGCCGAUAUAUACGAAAAAGUACUAUGCCUAUUAUUUCACUUCCAACGGAUACAACAUAUACUGAUGUAUAUGAAGAAUAUGUAACAACAAUUAAAUCUAUUAAAGGUGAAGAUUAUAAAGCUAUGGCCCUUUCAACAUUUUAUCAAAUUUGGAACGAAAUUGCACCUGAUAUUCGGUUCUUGUCUAAAGCGUCUGAUUUGUGUGACAAAUGUGAACAACUUCGUGCUACUGUGAUUCGUAAUAAUCUUUCUUUUGAUCCAUACAAACCUUUAGACACAGUUUCUUUAAAAUCUUUAACUUUAAAACGUCAAACACAAUUAUUUAAAGAUAUUCAUCUGUAUAUACAUGAUCUAUAUAAAGAUGAACUAUGUUUUGCUCCGAAUAAAAAUAAUAAAGAUUCAGAUUAA